GGCACAAUUGUUUCACUCUCUUCUGCAAUUGGUCAAAGUAAACGCCGGUAAAUACUUGGGGAAAGAGGAAUGCGUUUCCUCUGUUUCGAUUGGCUGCGGGACAAGAACCUUCGCAAUUGUAUCUUCUCGAGAUCAGCCGCAGCUGAAGCCGAACAUGUCGGAUCCCACUGUUGCAGAUACUCGCCGAUUAAACUCUAAACCACAGGAUCUCACAGAUGCGUAUGGCCCCCCAAGCAAUUUUCUUGAAAUCGACGUUUAUGACCCACAAACAAUUGGAGUUGGCCGGAACAGAUUCACCACCUAUGAAGUGCGAAUGCGGACAAAUCUUCCCAUCUUCAAACUUAAGGACUCUGUUGUGCGGAGAAGGUACAGUGAUUUUGAGUGGCUGAAGAAUGAGCUGGAGAGAGACAGUAAGAUUGUGGUGCCCCCUCUCCCUGGGAAAGCUUUAAAAAGGCAGCUGCCCUUCCGAGGAGAUGAGGGUAUCUUUGAGGAGUCCUUCAUUGAGGAGCGGAGGGUAGGCUUGGAGCAGUUCAUCAACAGACUUGCAGGUCAUCCCCUGGCCCAGAAUGAGCGCUGUCUCCACAUGUUCCUUCAGGAUGAGUCCAUUGACCGGAACUAUGUUCCUGGAAAACAGCCCGGGGAUGAAAAAUGAUGGUCUACUCAGCCCAGCCCCCCCCAUCUCUACAACCCCUGGCUGUUUGGCUUCAUCACUAGAGUUCACGUUGCCUCUUCCACAGGGGGCCUCCCCUCACAUCCUCCUUAACAACUGCAUCUGUGUUGGAACGCUCUGUAAAUACAAUGUACAUAUGUACAUAUCUUAUUUGUAAUCUAUGUCUGGGGAAGCUGUCAGGAUACUUACAUGCAGAGCAUUUAACUUGUAGCAGAUGUUUGUGGGUGGAGAAGGCGAAUUCAUGAAACGAGUGAGUUGGUAAGCUACCUUGUGUAAACCUUUUUGAAACAAGAACAUUUUCUAUUUGACUUUAAGCUUAGUCAGCAAGACUAAUGAUUUAGUAAUAGUUAACGACAAAUUAGAAAAUACUGCAUUGUUUCAGUAACAGAAGUUUGCUUCCUAACUCAUGAAUUCUGCUUGGUGAAGUAUAAUUUGGUGUAAAUUUCUCAUGUGAAAAUGACAACGGCUCUGAAUACUUAUUCCAGAGACCACGGUUUUUCUUAGUUAUAGAGAUUGAUCUCUAGAUUUUCAAAGGGAAACCUGGCCCACCUGACUCGCCAAACGCAAAGAAAACAAUUAUAUUACGUUCCAUUGAGAUACUUUUUUUAUUAAUGUAUAUGUACUUGACAACUCAUUAGUAAAUCUUGAUAGAGGAAUGAUUCCACACUAGAAUUUUUAUUUUUGCGAAGAAUUAUGAUUGAGUAUCUGGGGACAAAUAUUCAUACAAUCUCAAUUGUCAUCAAAGAUUUCCAUGGCACUUGCUGCAAAAGCAGGGAUGCUAACCCCCAUCUUCUUGGGAAAACUCCCAACCUAGCUUCUCACCACCAUUGCCACAUAAGCGUUCUAAACAUCUCUUCUCUACUGCAACACUACUGUAGGUUGUUUUUGUUUUAACGUGUGAAAUAAAGGUUGAUCGAUGGCAAAAAGAAUGUCCAGCAGGAUACAUAUUUUUACACUUGCUGAUCCAGGGUUGUGUCUCAGACGGAAAUGUAUGCAGUGUUUAGGUGCAACUGUUCACUCUGAUCUGUUGAAUGUGUGGGGUGAGGCUGAUUGUACAAAGAUCGGCCCUCUCAAUCUGAUUGCCCUGCGGCCCUGACAAUCACCCUUCACACCGCUGUUUAUCCAACCAAUCAGCGCUUGGAUGCGAGAAGAAGCAAGUAUUGUCUAAUGUCUAUACAGAAUGAUAGGGGCCUCUAGUGGCCAAAAGGAUGUAUUAGCAUGGGCAGCGCCAUUGAGGGCUUCCAUCAUUUUAAUGUAGUCAAUUGGGUGGGGCUUCCAACUUCAUUUGCUGAUCCCUCUUGGUAACCUUGCUGGAGUCAUGUCCUACCGGGUCCUCAGGAGUGAUCAGCCAAUCGUGAAGAAGAACAUUGACAACUUCAAAAUGGAGAUAGGCUCAAUGGAACUGCCCAUGCUGUGACAGAAGACACUAACAAAGAUGAGUCCAUCUAUCUAUGGUAAUGAUGGACUCCCACAUGAUGUUUUCCUAUCUUAAGGUGUUGUUCAUUCAUUGAACCUAACCACACAACCAUAAAGAACUAUCUCUAAUGGAAA